AUGGUCUUGCGAACUUGUGACUUAAAUCACGUUUCACAAACAAGUAAGAACAAUGGCUUAAUGGAUGCUGUACAUUUAAAGUUGCUCUUCCCUAUUGCUUUGACAUUUUUAACCAAUCAACACUUUUUGAUUAUGUCAGAGAAAGUAGUGGAAAACAUGAGCAUGCAUGUAGUAAAGAAAAAAAAUGGUCGCACAUUCCGAAGAGAAGAUUCACAACAUCCUCAUGAAUCAGUUGCUUUGAAUGGUUUAGGUACCUAUCCUGUUAUUAAUGGAACACCUAUCAUUAUGCCACCACCACCACCACUUGAAGACUGCCUUCCUGUAGAAGAUCUUCCCCCAAGUUAUGAAGAAGCUAUCAAACAAUGUGCUCCUGCUAUACCUGUGCCCAUCAGUGAACCUAACAAAAUAGUGUCACACAGAUUAGUCAUUUUUUUGUGUAAGGUGACGACGAAUUCCUAUACACCAUGGAAGCCUGUUGUUGAGACUUGGGGUAAAAAAUGUUUCUAUCUGCGAUGGGCGCCCACCUAAGUUGCAAGUUGGAUGUCCCAUCGAUUGCGAAACAUGUGGGCAGUAACUGUUUGUCCAGAGGGAAAAAAAAAUGUUUUAUUUGAGCCUAAAGAUUGAGCCAUUUCCUGUAAAUUAUCAUCAUAGUAGAUGCAUUGCCUAUUCAUUUAAUACUUUGUAAUUGUCUGUUAUCAGAUAUGUGCUUGUUUUACAUCUGAUUUGAAAUGACAUCUGUAGUUGUGUGCGUCUCAUAACAUCAUUCAGGCGCAUAGUCAAGGGAAAAAAAAAAUAAAAAUUGUUAUUCAAAAGUAAUCGAUUAUAGUUAAUUCAUGUUCUAACUCUUAUUGCAAAGCUAUAAAUCUCAAC